AUGGCGCAGGCUCUCACUGGCCAUGGAUGUUUUCAAAAAUACCUGUGGUCAAGGGGUAGAGCGCAUAGCACGGCCUGCUGUCACUGCCCGUCGGAAGUGGACGACGCGGAACAUACGCUGUUCAUAUGUAUGUUCUGGAACCUCGAACGUCGUGACCUUGUGCUAUCCCUAGGAAGGCAUCCCCGUCCGGAGGAUGUGGCGGACCUCCUGUGCUGUCCAGCGGUCGACGAGCUACCCACGGACGUGGAACGGAGGGCAGGAAUUAUUCGGGCAGCGGACAACCAGAGGGAGCUCUUUGUCCGGAUGGUGGAGGACAUCAUCGGCCGGAAGGAAGAUCUAGAGAGGGAUAGACAGAAGGAAGAAAGAAGAGCUAUUUAA